CGAAAAAAUAAUGUCUAAUGGGAGUGGAAGUCCGACGAUAAACAUCGCUCAUUUCUCCGAAGACGAAGCGGCUAACGAAAACUGGCCGGAGAUAGAGUUCCGGUCACCGGAGGACGAGGCUUGGUACGGUGUUGACGUGUGGGAGCUCUGCGACUCUCUUGUGGUUAACUUCAACGGCUUCCCCUGCGAGUACGAUGAGGUUUACUCGCCUGAAGAUUUCAAGAACUCGGAGGAGUUAAAAGAGUUUGAAGAGAGGUUCCGUGCUUGUUCUGUUCAGAUGCAAGACAACGAGUGUGCGACUCUUGAACAAGGCACGAAGGUCUGCGCCACGUAUCCUUCCGUUGCCGGUGAAGUCAAGUUCUACGACGCCAUCGUUGUUAACGUGUUGAGGGAGAAGCAUAGUGUGGACGAGGAAGGGAGCGAAGUGUGUGGAUGUGAUUACAAACUUUACUGGAACCAAGGUCCCUUUGUUAAUAAUAUUACAUCUGCAAAAGUUGGUGACAUUUGUCUUGUUCAAGAAGAUAACCGGAUGAAUCCGAAAGUUGUCACUUUCUUGAAAGAAGCUAGAAGGAAGCUUCAUGGAGAAGCUCACCAAGGAGAAGAAACAGAGUGGCAAAAGAUACUUAAGAAGGUCACUUCUGCUAUUCGCAGCCACAACUUGGACCCAUCUGUUCCAGAGAAUCAAGGUUUAAUGGAUAACUAAUCUUUUAUUGUUUAGCAAAUGUGUUGUGUGCAAGAAAAUGGAACAAUAUGUGUGGUUUUAUUAUCUUUUAGCAAUGGUUAUGGUAGAAAACUAUGUAAACUCUUUUGGGGUAUCUCUUAUGUAGUCCUUGUUUUGAAACUCUAGUAUCUAUGCUGAAAUGCUC